UUAAAUUUCGAAAACUUCUUGUAUAGCCGUUUUAGGUGAGAAACCCCCAAACAAACAAAAAAAAAGCUUCGAUUUUUAUUUAUUUCUUCCUUUGGUUGAGACUUGAGAGAGAUUUUUUUUUGUUUGCCAAAGAAGAAAGUUUCGAUUUUGAGGUUUGUAGGGGCAAUAAUGGGUGAAUCCGCUGUUCUAUUUCAACAUUCCUACUCGUUCGCUGCUCCUCCUUCUCGUCAUGAAUCUCAUGAGGAUAAUCCAAUUCAUGCGCUUAGUCAAUCAGUUUCAUUUGGAAGGUUUGUGACUGAGAAUCUUGAAUGGGGGAGAUGGUCAAGUUUCUCACAUAAGAAGUAUGUCGAUGAAGCCGAGAAGUUCUCUCAGCCUGGAUCUGUUGCUCAGAAGAAAGCUUUCUUUGAAGCUCAUUACAAGAGAAUAGCCGAAGCAAAGAAAGCAAAAGCUGCAGAUGAAUCAUUUGAAUCUGAUCCUAAACAAGAACCUGAAAGUGUUGUGGUGUUGCUUAGCACUUUGGAGACAUUGACUAAAGAUGAGGUUAAGGAAAACGAGCGUGAUGCAACUGAGUUAGUUAUGAUUAGAGAAGAAGAGUUGGUGUUGAGUAUUGAGAAAGAUGACGAGCCCGAAAGAAAAAGUGUUGCGGUUUUGGAACAAGAAGACGCUGAAAUGGAUACCUCGUUAGUUAAACCCGUAGUUGCAGAUGAUUUGCAAGAGAAAGAGAAAGAGAAUCACUCAGAGGAUGCAGAGUUGUUGGAGAAGAGCUAUUUGGUUGGAGAGAAAGAAGAAGAGAGAAGAUCCGUAACCAAGAACUCAUCGGUGUUUAGAUUUUCAAUGGAGACAUCAGCAACUUCAGAAACUACGGAUAAAGCAAUGGAGGUUGUUCUCUCACAGGAAAUAAGUGAAAAACCGAUAACUCGUAGAUCGCCAAAGAAAAACGAAAAGCCAGUUAGUCCUAGAUUUGGUUUCUUGAGCUGUUUGAUGGGAACUAAAACUGAAGAUCAAAACCCGACUAAGAAGAAGAGAAAGACAGGUAAGAAACCAAGCAAACCAUUUCUAUGGCUUUGCUUCAAACCUGAGAUGGUUGGGGAAACAGAAGCAGCAAGAAGAAGGUAAAAAACACCAAAAACAAAGAAGAGGAACAUCUGAGAACGCUUUGCAAAUAGAAAGAUUGAACCUUCUCUGUUGGCUUUCAAAUCUUUUAGAAAGAUCUGUCCUCGGAUUCGUGUAUGGUAAUAAUAAUAAAAAAGGAAUCUUUGAGUGCACAGUAGCAAACAAAACCGAAUAGCGGAAGAAGGUUUGUUUCGUUUUUUUUUCUUUCUGGUAUUGUAUCUUUUUGAACCUUUUGUUGUAUGUAAGUAUCUUCGUCUUCAAUGAAAAAACUGUCUCCUUUCAUAA